ACACACACACACACACACACACACACACACACAGCGGGAGAGAAGAGCGACCGCAGAUCAUCUCUUUGUUUUUACACUCUCAGUCCCUGAUCUCCACAGACCUCAGAUCAGGCUAGAGCUGAAAUGUCGCCGAUUCCCGCCAUUUGACAGGAGUUUUGCUCGUGCUGCUCACAUUGAUCGCUGUACGCUGUAUUUUUAUCUGUAUGCCCUGUGGUAAUAUCGCCGCGCGCUGUAUGGUGCGUCUGCCAUCUGGACUAUCACCGCUAGCUCGCUAGCAUCACGCUAGCAAAAAAUUAAAAAAUAUAAGUGACUGAGGAGGAAUAAAAUCCCGUUUCCAUGGACAACACGUCCAUUAUUACCCAGGUAGCAAAUCCAAAGGAUGAAGAGAUCCUUUCUUCUUGCCAAGAAAAAGUCUCCCAGUCAAACAACAGUUUAAAGAAACACAGGAACAGAAGCAUCUUCAGUCCUUUCUUCUGCUGUUUCCGGGACUAUAAUGUGGAACCACCAGCCACCAACAACAAGACCUGCUCCCUUCCUCCACCUGCAGAGGAGAACAGCAGCCCUCCAAAGUGUGAUCAGGUCCAGACCUUCCCUAUUCCCAGUCCUCCAACCAAAUACCUCCUGCCUGAGGCCAGCAUCAAUGACUACGGCAAGAACUGUGUGGUGAUCGACCUAGAUGAGACCCUCGUGCACAGCUCCUUCAAGCCCAUCAGCAACGCAGACUUCAUCGUUCCUGUGGAGAUAGAUGGAACGGUUCAUCAGGUCUACGUGUUGAAGAGGCCACAUGUGGAUGAGUUUCUGCAGAAGAUGGGUGAACUGUUCGAAUGUGUUCUCUUCACAGCCAGCUUAGCAAAGUAUGCUGACCCUGUAGCAGACCUGUUGGACCAGUGGGGCGUGUUCAGGGCACGGCUUUUCAGGGAAUCCUGCGUGUUCCACCGGGGCAACUACGUCAAAGACCUCAGCCGACUGGGCCGGGAGCUCAACAAAGUCAUCAUAGUGGACAACUCGCCUGCCUCUUACAUCUUCCAUCCAGAAAAUGCUGUGCCGGUUCAGUCGUGGUUCGACGACAUGAGUGACACAGAGCUGCUGGAUUUACUGCCACUGUUUGAAGGUCUGAGCCGAGAGACGGAGAUAUACAGCGUGUUACAGAGCCUGAGGUCCAGGUAGCAUACGGAUCCAGCAUCACACAAAUGUAAAACACCCUCUUCUCAGGCCAAAUCAUCUCUGGCCUCUAGAGGACAGCAGUCAUCCAGCAAAUCAGUAAAGAGAUCUGUCCGAAACACACACCAGAGAUGAGACCACUCCCUCUGAUGUCUGCUCUCAAUGGACCAAUCAUAAUCCUUGGCUGGCAAAUAGAUACAGUACACUCUUUUAUAUUAAAAAAGCAGAGUUUAUUAUCCUUGAUAUACAGUUUAUUUACCAGGAAAAACAACACGCUGUUUCUGGAUGGGUGAAAGGAACUUUUGAACUCUGUUCAGGCUAUGCAGGCAGUCUCUCCGCAGCAUUGGUAGUACUACUAACAACUGUGACUUUUUCCUCCUACCAAAUGAAGUGCCUUGACUGUUGUUUUUAUGAGGACACAAAUGCGUUUUUUUUUGUAUGCUGCAUAUUUGCAAUGAGUUGAAACCUUUAAACAGACACUUACUGUAAGACCAAGGCAAAAUGUGAGUCGAAAUUCCCGAAGACGUUUCAGCUGUGUCUUGAAUGGACUGAAUUCUAGUGUGUAAUGGCAAAAUACGAUGCCGUUAUUUUCAUCUUCGGCCUUUGAAAAUAUAGCAUACAUGUAUAAGCGUUGUGUGGGUUGCAUCUAUUACCCAGUUGUGAUUUGAAGAAAAGGCUAAUGUUACUCAACAAUCCAAUACGUCAGGAACUGAAAUAAAAGAUGCAAUCAAUAUCAAGAA